AUGUUCUUUCCUCUACGACUGAGGUGCCCACAGUCUGGACUCUGUCUGGAGGCUUGCGGCUUGCACCGCCUUACAAGACACCAAGGUCUCCCAGUAUCUGGCCAACCGCACAACGCCCAAAUAAAUCCCAUCCACCAGACCAGCGCAACCGCCCUGCCGGCCGACUCCCUCGACUUUGGAGCUAAAGCCACAAGUGACGACGGCCCGGAGCGAACCCCUCACCACCGAACACAGCACCACACUUUCCGCUGCCAAUUCCUCCAACCGACCACCGGUCCCUCGCAUCCGCACGCUGCAGAAGACUCUUGUCGCAGACCGAGCGCACUUAGUAACCGCUUUACCAACAUUUAA